CUAAUAAAAUGUCUAAGCUUGAUGAUGAUCUAAUAGCCCUAAAUAAGAAUAUUGAAAAUGAUCUAGUAGCAACUUGGACAGUUCCAAUGAGUGACAAAGUUUAUAAAAUAGAAUUUGAGCAUGGAACAACAACUGGAAAAAGAAUUUUGAGGGUCAAUGGAAAGGAAAUAAUCAAACACGAUUGGAUGUUUAAGUUGGUGGGUAGAGAAAUAUUUGAAUUAAAUGGAGUUAAAUGUUCGGUCAAUAUUGAAGCUGUAGGAAUUUUUGCUUACGAAUAUACCCUUCAGGUCGGAGGGAAAACUUAUGAAAAAUUUCGAGAACAACAAAAGAAGGCUUUACAGAUUUGGCUUGUUCGCAUGGCAGAAGAGGAAAUUAGAAUAUGCCUAGAAAAAGAAACAUUGGAUGUUUGGGUAAAUGGUUCGAAAGUCGAAACAACUGGAGAGUUUGUUGAGGAGGGCGGUACCAAAACACACUUUGAAAUUGGGGCAGGAGCUAGUGCUUAUAUUAUAUCCCAGAGCAGUGGAAAAAGGCAAAUUGGGUAGGAAAUAUAAGAAAGAUAGAAUGAAAUCUAAAAAAAAUUUUCAAAGACUAGUUCACCAACUUUAUGUAAAUGAUGCGCUGAUUAGACCGUGUGAGGGUAAUGAAGAUCAAGCUGUCAUUACAUCAAUGGAUAAUGA